AUGGCAUUUGAGGUGUCGUAUGAUCUCGAGAAUGAGCAACAGUUCUGGGAUGAACUCGACGACAUCGUCUCCACGCGCUGCCACCAGCAUGAGAUAAUCGACAAUUCGCUACGGUCUUUUCUCAAUGUCACCACCAGUUACAAAUCCGAGUACCUCCAAACCGACUUUAGCAUUGCAAAAUGUAUCUUUCGCAUGCUCGAGGGCGAGCUCUAUGCCAAGAACAAACAAUACGUACGGCGGCAGAUAAUAUAUUGCCUGUUGCAAGAAGAUGACAAUCCCACACUCCACAUUGUCGCCGCGUUUCUCCUGUACGAUGGCCGAAAUAGCAGAGAUGACGAGGUCUUUGAGAUGAUGCAUUCCGAGGGCACGUUUGCGAGGCUGGUUGAGUUGGUGCAAAAGGAGAGUGUUCAAGAGGAAACAUCAUUGCAUCAGCUGCUGCUGCAAUUGCUGUACGAGUCUUCGCGUAUCCAGCGAUUGACCUACGAUGAUCUCAUGGCUGUGAAUGAUGCUUUCAUUCUUUACCUUUUAGGGAUUAUUGAAGGCGCCUCUGACGAUGCGGAUGAUCCAUAUCACUACCCUGUGAUUCGCGUACUGCUGGUUUUGAACGAGCAGUAUCUGGUUGCGUCUACCACUCGUUACAGUGACGGACGGACUGGCAUAACAAAUCGCGUCAUCAAAGCUAUAUCAACCCACGGCAUGACUUACAAAACCUUUGGAUGUAAUCUGAUUCUUCUUCUAAAUCGGGAGUCGGAGACGUCCCUUCAGCUUCUUAUUCUCAAGGUGCUUUACCUUCUCUUCGGAAACCCCUCGACGGCCGAAUACUUCUACACAAACGAUCUUCACGUGUUGGUCGACGUCAUUCUGCGCAACCUCAUUGAUCUCCCUCAUGACUCGGCCGCUGCAAACGCACUACGGCAUACAUAUCUCCGCGUCCUCCAUCCGAUACUCUUGCACAGCCAGAUCAGCAGACCGCCCCAUUACAAACGCGACGAACUACUGCGUCUCCUCCGCCUCCUCGUAUCAAGCGGGAACCAUUUCGCGCCCGUCGACGAGACCACUGUUCGACUCGUCAAUCGAUGUACCAGCGUGGAGUGGCUCCAGCCCCCAGCUGCAGAGUCGCCUACAAAUGGCAAUGGUAACAGACAGUCUCCUGUUGAGCAAGCAGCAAUGGGCCAGAAAGAGUAUGCAAGAAGGGCUCUGGGUAUGACUGUGCAAGGCGGAAAUGAAAGCUCAACCAGUGUCUUGGAAAUCGCGGGGCACACUGCUCAACCUGGUGUUCAGACGCCGAGUAUGACGAAGCAUGCGCAAUGA